ACUUUUGUUGGGUCGCUGAAGAUUCCGGACGGAAGGGCUUUGAGGGAGCGUAACCCUGGCCGCGUGCCCUCGUUGCGUUUGGCGGCGGCCUUUGCGGUCGCACACCUGCCGCCGCUCUCCUCAUCAAGGGAGACACCUGCCGUCAGUUUUGCGGACGGACGCCUUGUCGCUUCCUCGCUCGCGGACUCUUUGCUCUGCUCUCCCUCUCGGUCCCGUUGGUUGCGUAGGUACGGCCUUGUUUUCUGAUUUGGGCUUUUUCUAGCGUGGCGUGAAGACGUCGUUUUCCGUCGGCAUUCUCGCUUCUCCUUUUGACCGGCGCUUUAUGUUGCCGCUUUGUCGGUGCGCAAAGCGUUUUUGCUCCGGAGACCUUGUUGGAGGUCGCUGAUGCGCUUUUGACUCGCCCGACGGCCUUUUGCAACCAACCGACGUGGAGGAGCGCUGCCUUGGGGCCUACGAGCGCCUGGUCGUCCAGAAGGCUUCGGACAUGGCCAGAGAGAGCGAGCGAGCGCCUUGGAAAUGAUGCCAACCGGGAGAAAAAACACCUGAAGAAACGUCAAGGGGGGGCCAUCAAAAGGCCCGAGGAGGAGGAGGAGGCGUCGGGCGCGGGCGACGGGGCCCGCCGCGGCAAGCGUUUGCGAAUGGCUUCGGCGGAUCUCCCGCCCGCUCCCGGCCAGUCCCUCGACUCGAUGGGCGGCGCCGACGAGGAGCGCAAGCGGCCGCCGCCCAAACCCAGGAGGGAUCCCGGCACCAAACUCGGCGGCAGCACCGAGGCGCUCCACGAAGGUCAGUCCCACCCGUGCGGCGAGGACCGGAGGAGGACGCCUCCGCCCAAACCCAAGCGCAACCCCGACACGCAGCUCAGCUCAUCCCUGGACGAGCCCGAGUCGGUUUACGUCGAAAUGGCCGCCAACGCGGCGGCGGCGGAAGGUGGGGCCGACCCGGACGAGUCGGUGUACGAGGAAAUGAAAUACUGGGACCGGCGCCCGCCCCCGCGCCACACCCCCCAGCCCUUUCCCAAGCUCCUGACGCACCGGCCGCCGCCGCCGCCGUCGCCGCUGGUCUUCCCGCCCGCGCGCUCGCCCAACUCGGACGAGUCGCCGCUGACCCCCGUGGACGUCGCUCGGCUGUCCGUGGCGGGCAAGAAGGUCAAAAGGGGCGAGGACCAAGAGGAGGCAGGCAACACGGCCCCUUCGGGUCGCUCCUCGGCGCCGCUUCCUUGCGGGCCGUGGGCGGAGCCGGACGACGCCUCGCCGCGCAGCCGGUCGGCGUGCCCCUCCCCCGUCGGCGCGGCCCGCUCUCGGACGCCUUUGAGGUUGAAGGGCCCACCCCCCUACGACGCCUUGAUGGCCAGGCGAAGCGCGGCGACCGGCCCCCGGCGAGGCGCCGAAGAAUUCAAGCGUUGCCAUCCGCUCGGUCGCUCGUCGUCAGCGUCGGGGGCGCCAGGCUCGCCGCGGGACCAUCCCGCCCUCAGCCAGUUGCCGUGGCUGUGCCGGGACGUCACCAUGAUGGAGACCAUCGAGAAGAAACGAGUUUUGUGCGGCGAGAUCAGGAGUCGCCGGCAGGCCGCCCUCCCCGCCGGGGUGAGCAAACAACCGCCGCCGUAUCCGGCGGCCAUCUUGUGGGACACCGCCAUCUGAGCCGCCUCGGCGACCUGCUCCGGAAUCCUCCCCGGAGAAGUGGCGGAAAGGCGCCGCCAAGGCCGGCCCGCCUCAAAAGAAGGCCCCCACCCUGGCGCAAAGGCCGACGUUUUGAAAGCCGGAGCACGAGCUCGGCCGAGGAGGCUUUUCGGCGGACCGGCCUCCUUUCAACGCGCGAGCCGGGAGGUGGUUUGCGGCCCGCUGCGUCGGCUCUUUUCGCAAGGCCCGACGCCAAGACGUUGACGGCUAGCGCGUCCGCGACCGGCCUUCGCUCUGCUGACGCAACAGUUUCAAACGAAGCGCACGUUGACCGACGCGCGCGAGCUCACCAAUUGGCCGGACUCGGCUUCCGAACAAGCAGAGCGCCUUCGAGGGGAGACGAUGGCCAAGAGAGAAACCGACACGUGUUUGCUGAGCAUCGCUAACGGCAAGCGUUUGCUAGCGGAGGCCAACCCAGGCACCGUCCCGGGACGGAAAUUGGGCCUGGGAAUUUUGUUCGUUUUGUUGGUCGUCGCUGAAUGUCGGGCGCCGGGCUCCAAUUGUGAGUUUGGACUACAAGUCGUCGCUCCGACGCACAAAAUAUCACAAGAUGUUUUUUUUUUUUCAUUCAGGACCCCUUCCUGUUCAUGAGGAAUAAAGUAUCGUGGUUGCUGUGCGUGUGUUUGAACUCGCAUGAUUGUGUGAGCGCAAGGUGUGUGUUUCGGGGGCUGGCAUUUGGUGACGGCGAUAACAUUCAGCUCGAAUUCGGGAGCUCGCCGACUCCAUCGCGUGUGACGGCGAGCAAUCGGGAGAGAAUAUUUCCUUCUCCGCCGCCGGAAGGACGCCUCGCCCAUUUCCUUUCCCGAGUAGAGCGAGAGACGUCCGGCAUUUGCCUCGCUUCUCGCGAGGCUGCCCUCUGCUGCCCUCUGCCGGGUAGAAUGACACUUUGCGCCCCGUGACGUCGGCAGACCUUUCGCCGUCAGAAAGAUGAUUUACAAUAAAUUGAUCUAGAAAUGAUU